CCUCAAACACCACAGUUACUAGAAAGUAGAAACACAAACAAAUAUGAAAAUGAAGUUUUGGGCCUUGCCAAUUCUGUCUUUUUUGCUGUCCUCAUUCCAAGGAGGCUCAGCUGAGCAAUGUGGGACGCAAGCUGGAGGUGCUACGUGCCCAGGUGGGCUGUGCUGCAGCCAGUAUGGCUGGUGCGGCACCACCUCUGAUUACUGUGCCGACGGUUGCCAAAGCCAAUGCAAUGGAGUUGGUGGUGUUGGGGACAACAUUGGCGCUCUCAUCUCAACGUCUGCAUUUGAUAAUUUGCUCAAACAUCGUAACGAUGGCGGCUGCCCAGCCAAGGGGUUCUACACCUAUGACGCUUUCAUAGCCGCUGCAAAAUCCUUUCCCGGCUUUGCUACCACUGGGGACACCGCCACACGUAAAAGAGAGAUAGCUGCUUUCUUAGGCCAAACAUCCCAUGAAACUACCGGGGGGUGGGCAAGUGCACCUGAUGGACCAUACUCUUGGGGAUAUUGCCAUAUCAGGGAACAAAACCCUGGAUCAUACUGUGCUUCGGAUCCGAAUUAUCCUUGUGCUUCUGGCAAGCAAUAUUAUGGCCGUGGUCCUGUCCAACUUUCAUGGAACUACAACUAUGGGAGGUGCGGAAAAGCCAUAGGAGUAGACCUACUGAACAACCCAGACCGAGUAGCCACUGACGCAGUCAUUUCAUUCAAGACGGCAAUCUGGUUCUGGAUGACUCCACAGUCACCAAAGCCAUCUUGCCACGAUGUCAUCACCGGAAGGUGGAACCCGUCUGGUGCCGACAAGUCCGCCGGCCGGAAUCCCGGGUAUGGCGUGGUCACAAACAUCAUCAACGGCGGCCUCGAGUGUGGGAAAGGUAAGAACCCAAAGGUGGAGGAUCGAAUUGGGUUCUAUAAAAGGUACUGCGACAUACUUGGGGUUGGCUAUGGAGCCAACCUCGACUGCUACAACCAGAGGUCUUUUGGGAAUGGUCUCUUGGUCUUGGUCGACACUAUGUAGCCCAAACCUUGUGGCCUUGAGGGUUUGUACGUGUUUAAUUAGUCGGUGAAUAAGGGUCCUUUGGUCAAUUGGUGGUUGAUCAAGGGUUCGAAACCCUCACUAAGCCAUUAGCCAUGUCUUCUUCUUUUUUUUCUUCUUUUUUUGACUGUAUGUGUAAAUGUCUGCAAUUCCGUUCUCGUGAAAUGAGAAAGUAAAAAUAAGUGGAUUGCUGAA